AUCCAGUCCUUUAUGCACUGAGGCAAUCAGCACUUGAUUGCCAUGCCAGGGUUGGUGGGGAAGGCGGCUGAAGGCAGGAUGGAGGACAGGAGACCAUGCUACCAACAGCUGGAAACCCCCAGAAAGGCCGUCAGGAUUCUAGAGUGUAAGAAACCAGAUCGGAGAAACUGUAGCAGCCACAUCGCUGGCAACGUGCAGGACCAUCCUGAAGCUGCCCAGCUCCUCCAUCACCAUGCGAACCGAAGCUCCCUCCACUCCGUCCCGACUCGGGCUGCCUGCUCCAGCCAGCCGUUCCCGGACAGCCCGGGCACCGUACGCUGCCUGCCGGGGCCCCUCAGGCAGCCCGUCGCCAUCUUCCCGGGUCGCCCCACACCGCCAUCUUCCUUCAGGCAGCAGGGAGCCAGGGGGAGGCAAUGUGUUGUGCAAAUCUGCCAUCUGCUGGUGAUCGGAUGCUUCAUGAAGCUGUCCUGACUUCAAAUUAGUGGAUAUCCCCCUCUCUGUCACCCCCUCCCAAAAAAGGAAGAAGAAAAGGUGGGGGAGGAAAGUGUGCGGGUGGCGGGAUUUCCACUGUCUCCUUUGGCUGCCACCGUGCUGAGAGCAUGAGAAACAUGACAGCCAAGGGCAAAGCCUGGGAAUCUGUAAGAAUCUCACCCCUGAUCACUGUAUAGCCAGUUAAAACUUUGAAAACAUUGGGUGACUUGUCCUUUUUUUUUUCUUUUUCUUUUUCUUUUUCAUUUUCUCGCUUCUUUUUUGUUUGUUUGUUUGUUUGUUUGUUUGUUCCAGGUGUCAGUGUUGAGAUACAAGCUCUUCCACAUAAUGGAAGUGUUUUCCACAGUCCGUCCUCAUUUUCAACCUGAAGCUGUGCUGUAGCACUAGGGAGAAAAAAACAACCAAUCACAUCUUCACCCCAUGUUGGAGCUCCUCUCUGCAGCCCUGCAUCUCCAGAUCUAAGACAAACUGACUAUUUCAGCACACUUACAUGAAAAAUGGACACUGCUUUCUAUACAGAAGACAGCAGUAGCCAGCAUCAGUUCCAGAUCUCAUAAGAGCCAGAAAAGAUGUUCUACGUGACAUUAUGAGAACAAGGUGUAAGUUGAUGUAAGAACUGAACUUACGAGCAGGACAUUUAUUGAACCACUGUACAUCAGAGGGAACAAAAAUAACAACUGUUAUUUAAAAGAAUGAGCCACUUGUGCUUAACCAAAACCACCAUUACAGCAAAGAUCUCCUUGAGAGUGAGCUGCAGGGGAAGAGUCCUCCACAAGGAAGGAAGGUGGAGAAGCUGCAUGUGACAGCAAGGCAGUCAGAGUAGUAUCAUUCCAGAUCAAGGGCCACAGUGCCAAAACAGAGCAUGCAGAACAGGUCUGGAAAUGGUAAACAGGGUCAGCCAAGACUGCAGCUUUCCAGGCAAGUCCACAGUGAUUUGAGAAUCCUAAAGUCAAGUCCGUGUUUCAGAGUCAGGAUUGAAAUCAAGAGGGUACCUGGUCAGGUAUGGGCAGAGGAACAGCAUUGUUCUGAAAGAAAACAAGCAUGAAAGCCUGGCCUAAAAGCAGCUUAAAAGAGAAAGGUGGAGAGCUUCUGCUAGGGCUUCUUAGACAGCUCUCCCUCACAUCACUUCAAAGGAGGAUAGCUGUGCUGUCAUUGUUGGCUCUAAGUCCAGGCAGCAUAGCUUUCAGGAGGGAGAGAUAAACCCAGGUCCUGAUAGCCUCUGUCAAGAUUCUUAGUGUCUCCUUUAUUACUCAUCAAACACAUGCUUUCACAAAAAGGAGAGAUUAUUCCAAAAAAGAAGUGGCAUACCAUAGAGAGACUCAGUGGGUAUCAGGCUUCUGGCUGCUAUUGGUGCCUUUGAGAAUUUCCUACAAGAUGACUGCUUUAAGAAGUUUAGUAAUCAAGGAAUUAUACAAGCUAAAAAGGGAAUGAGGGAAGUAUAAGUGAGAAGACACAGCUCAAGUCCUAUCUGAUGUUUAACAGAGCAGAGCAAGGAAUAUAUGACGGUAGAAUCAUGCUGACACCCUGUGCAUCUACUUACCUUGCUGCUACUGGAAAGUAAUAAUGACAGCACUCUAGUAUGUGCUCUCUGAAGGAGAGAGAUACCAAAAGACAGUAGGAAGAGCUAAAUAGCCACUUGCCUAAGGAAAUAAAAAAGUAAGACCAUGGAAAAUACAAAUCCUCUUUAUAAUAAUGAUUUUGUAUGCCUAAGAUUUUCAUUGCAGUUUCUCCUCAAGUUCCUCAGUCUGGGCCUAGCAUAUCAUUGGAAAAAGCAAUUAUGUGUGCCAGGCAUUUCAAAGUGAGGCUGAGUCCUACAUCAGAUGAUAGUUGCAUGCAAAAGUAUACCUUAUUUUAUCCCAACAGAUUCCUGGAACAGCUUCUUGUACAUGGCCACCUUCCAGGACUUCUAAACUUUGUGACAGACGAGUAGCUGUAAAGGUGAUAUUAGUGGAAGGAUGGCAUGAUUUAGACAACAAAGACUAUGACUGUUGGCCCCUGGAAAAACCAGAUGAAUAUAACAUGAUGGACUGUGGAGGUCUGGAGAUGGCAUGGGUGCAAAAGCCUCCAGAAACGGCAGUAAGUGGAGAAUUCUUCAAUGUGACCUAUGCAGUCUUUGCUUCAGAUGGCUUUUAUCAGUACGCCGUACAAAAUGGAAUCCUUUCUCACAGCAAUGCCAGUGCUGCAAAGGAAUUCUGUGAGGAGCAUGAGUGCCCUGCCAGCUGGAAAGAUGCAAAUGGUGAGAACUGCUGUGUCCACCAUGCCAAUAUUCACUCCUGUCCUUUGGCCUUCAUGGGCAGAGGAGGAAUAUGUGGUCCGUGGAUUCCUGAUGAUGGGCAGAUAUUUACUCACACUCUGUCAACAGCUGGCAAAAUGAGCCAAAGAAACUGGACUUCCAAGGUUGUUUUGGUUCAUGUGGGUGUGACUUCUCUCAUCGCACACAUCAGAGUUGGGAGAAUGCAAGUUGCUCUGGAAGCAAAGACCACAGUCCUUCCUGCAGUAGUUUGCGGAGAUGGCUUUUGUGAGGAAGAAGAAAGCUGCUCUAUCUGUCCAGCAGAUUGUGGAGAAUGCCCUCUGUCUGCUUAUGCUAGGAUAGCAAUUGCCUUACCCAUAUGUUUAGUCUGCACUGGCUUCAUUAUGACAGUCAUGUGGUUUCAGUAUCAGAAACAAAAGAUGCUUUGGGAUGAAAGCUGGAUUAUAGAGUUCACCUGCAUCAAACAAGAUCACAUACUCUGGACAGCAACAGGAAGCGUGAUGAGUGGUCCCCCAGCACCAAGUGAAUCCAAUGCCAGCUGUAUCACUGUUCUGAGCUCCUGCACUGCAGCUGCUAAUGCGUCCAAGAAACAGCACUUCACCCAGACUGGGAGAUAUGAUGGUAGAACAGUGGCCAUAAAAAAAAUAAUGAAGAAGGCAUUUACCCUAUCCAAAUCCAUACGUAAGGAAGUAAAGCAAGUAAGGGAACUUGACCAUCCUAAUCUCUGCAAAUUCAUUGGUGGUUGUAUAGAAAUACCAAAUGUUGCCAUAGUGACAGAGUACUGCCCCAAAGGCAGCCUUCAUGAUGUUCUGCUCAAUGAAGAUAUCCCUUUGAACUGGGGAUUCAGGUUUUCUUUUGCUACUGAUAUUGCCCAAGGAAUGGCCUAUCUUCACCACCACAAAAUGUAUCAUGGACGGCUGAAGUCUAAUAAUUGUGUAAUAGAUGACCGAUGGGUUUGUAAAAUUGCAGAUUAUGGCUUGCAGUUGUACAGAAAAGAAGAUUCUUCUGAGGGCUACCAGCAGCACUUGAUACAGAUUUACACAGCUCCUGAAAUCCAUUCCCUUUUGGAUUUUGAACCCAAUUCCAUGACAGAUGUAUACAGUUAUGCCAUCAUUUUACUAGAAAUUGCCACAAGAAGUGACCCUAUGCCAAAAGAUGAUGUGCCUUCAUCAGAACAUUCUUGGUGUCUACCUUUAGCAGAAUUAAUUUCAGGAAAGGCAGAGGAUUCCUGCCCCUGUCCCACAGAUUACAUAGAGCUAAUCAGAAAGUGCAGAAAAAAUAAUCCAGUCCAGAGACCUACAUUUGAACAAAUCAAGAAAAUGUUGAACAAGAUGAAUCCUAAUAAAGUUAACCCCGUUGACAUGAUGAUGACUCUGAUGGAGAAAUACAGCAAACACCUGGAGAUACUGGUUUCUGAGAGAACCCAGGACUUAAUGCAUGAAAAACAGAAGACUGAUCGUCUGUUGUAUAGUAUGUUGCCAAAGCAAGUAGCGGAUGAUCUCAGGCAGGGAAAACGUGCACAAGCUCAAAGUUACUUAAGUGCCACCAUCUUUUUCAGUGACAUUGUUGGCUUCACUCAGCUAUCCAGCAGCAGCACACCUUACCAAGUGGUAGAUCUCUUGAACAAGCUUUAUACGACUUUUGAUGAAAUCAUAGAUAACUAUGAUGUCUAUAAGGUGGAGACGAUAGGAGAUGCCUAUAUGGUAGUGUCUGGAGUACCCAAAGAGAAUGGGAUCCUUCACGCUGGUGAGAUUGCAAGCAUGGCUUUAGACCUUGUGAAUGUCUGCAAGACUUUUAAGAUCCCACACAAGCCCAACACCCUCCUAAAGAUAAGAGCAGGAAUACAUUCAGGGGCAGUUGUAGCUGGGGUUGUUGGGACCAAGAUGCCACGGUAUUGUUUAUUUGGAGAUACUGUGAACACAGCUUCCAGGAUGGAAUCUACCAGCGAAGCUCUUAAAAUACAGUGCAGUUCAAGUGCAUACCAGCUGUUGGAGCAGAUUGGAGACUAUGUGUUAAUAUGUCGUGGGAAUUUACAAGUCAAGGGAAAAGGAGACAUGGUAACUUACUGGCUUGAAGGUAAGAAAGUGUCUGCCACUCAGAAGACCGUCCCCAACCCAUCUGUGACUCUUCAAGAUCCCAACAGAGCUUCAUUUAGUUUGAUACCAGGUGUCCUUCAGAGUGAUCCUGUCUCAAGUCCUUCUUACUAGCCACUCACUAACUCCAGUCUGCUCUCAGUCUGUUAGUUGAUUCUUCUGAUUCAGAAAGUAAGAAAAUAGAAUGCUCUUUUUGCCUCGUGGAUGCUUCUGUUCCCACUGUUCCAUUAGUGGCAAGAAAAGUACAAAAAAAGCAAAAACUCAUCUUGAGAAGUGCAGUGGCAUUGCCAGGUCACAGCCUGAACCAGUACAUGAGAACCUGAGUGCACAGAGCAGGGGAGCCCCCAUCCACCCUUCCUUUCUCUCUCCCCUUGGUGGCACUUUUGAGUUGAUCUGCCAAGCAUGGGGGAUAUCCAGCUGCCAUUUCAUAGAGUAACACUCCUCAUGGCCACCAAUCCACUGCCUUCUUGUAACCCUUGCUGAGUAAUUUCAGGUGCCAGGUAUUCUGCAGUCCUACAUACUGCCCAAGUUCUUCGUUUUACUCUUUUUGCAAAGCCGGAGUCCAUGGCCCUACAAAAGAAGACUCAGAGGGGAUCUCAUUAAUGUCUGUAAGUUUCUUAAAUGUGGGAGUCAAAGGGACAUGGCCAACCUCUUUCCAGCAGUUGUUUGUUUGUUUGUUUUUCCAAAACUUAGAAGAUUCCUUUCUCUUUUUUUAAAUUUUGCAUUAGUACAUGAUAAAGUACAGUAGCCCAUCUCACCCAUUACAGCAGUGACAGAUAGAUUAUAUAGGUCCCCCGCCUCAAUCUGACAGGGCCAAAUAUGCCCUACGUUAGGAAACACUUCUUUACAGAAAGGGUGGUUAAGCACUGGAAUAGGCUUCCCAGGGAGGUGGUUGAGUCACCAUCCCUGGAUGUGUUUAAGAGCCGUUUGGAUGUGGUGCUCAGAGAUAUGAUUUAGCAGAGGGUUGUUAGAGUUAGGGUACUAUAGUUAGGCUGUGGUUGGACUUGAUGAUCUUUGAGGUCCUUUUCAACCUGAGUAAUUCUAUGAUUCUGUGAUAGAGUGAGUGGAUUCAUGCAAGCCAAUCCUGUAGCAAAGGCAAGCCAAGCCUAUACCAUUAAGGCUCUAACUAGGUUGAUGGCAUCAUAUGAGACUCCAGAGGUCAUCGAGUGCAACCAGGGUGCACAUUAAAUGGGUGCAACUGUGCAGAAGUGGGCCAACGACAACAACAGUAGUACCAAAAUGGUGUGGUUUCCUUGCACGCUAGGGGAGAUUGUUAGAGGUUGGGGGAUCAGUAAAUCCUCCAGAGGUUGGUACAUGGCCAGCAGAGGUAGUGGUUGACACCCUGAUUAUCAUUGCAAAGGAGACGUUAAUCAUGUCCAUGGGCAAAUUACCCUCCUUUGGUACCUGAUACAGUGAUCCAGCUACAGAUAUCAGGCCAAAGGGUCUGGUUUCAAAGGCCAGGACAUGCCCUGAUACAGGCAGAGGUGUUGACUCAAGACUGAAAUACGGCCUGUAUCAUACUGUGGAGUGCAGACCUACCCCUCCUUGUACCUCUUCAACAUGUGAAUUACUCCCAUUGAGGUUAUAAGUUCACAGGACAGCCAGCAGGAGCAACAUCACUUCAGCAUGCUCCACUGUCCAUGAGCAAACAUCAUGACACCCCAUGGUGGACUGCUGAACUUCUGGGAACUGACAAGCCUGAACCUGGACUGCUACUGGUCCUUGAAGAAGGUAUGCCUCGAGAAGGAACAUCAAGUACUGGCCGAACAGAACCAUGAAAAAGACGCCAAUACUUGCUUUCAGUGCCUUAACAUUCUGCAUCGUGGCAGGUAUUGUACAUGUGUCAUGAUGUACAUUGUAUUUUGAACCACCAAAACUGCAAGAGCUCACCCCCUACCUGCUCAGUCACUGGUUCAUGCUGUGAAGGGGUGGAAUGUAGUGGAAUUUCCAGGUCACAGGCUGAACCAGUAUGUGAGCACCUGAGUGCCCGGAGCAGGGGAGCCCCAGUCCACUCUUGCUCUCUCUUUCCCCUCGGUGGUGCUUCUGGCCGUGUUUCCAGGAGCAUGUAUGCACUCAGAGCCUGUGCAGUUUGCCAUCCCCUUGUUUUCCAGUGCACCAGAGUUCAAACCAGAGAAGGUUGCAUUUCUCAGCUCACCCUUUUUUCCAAACUGUUGCCGGGAGGAGUGAGUUAAUUCCUCUUUCUUUGAUAUCUUAUUUUAUUGCACCUGUAUCUCAAAGUCUCUGUCAUUGCCUUUGCUUUACAGGAAUAGAUGCUUAACACUAGCAGUGUCACCAGCUAUGAGGGCAGAAGCUAGCUCUCAAUGUUAACUGCUGAUAAGGUUUUGCAAACGGCCUCCAUCCCUUCACAACCAGGUGGCUGGACAGUCCAGCCUGUAGCUGCCCCCACAGGAAAGAAAAAGACAGUGUAGUAUUACUGUUGAAUAGUAUGAUAAACCUUGUGGGUAUCAUUGGUUUUGUGGUGUAAAAGAAAAAAGGAAACACAGAUUGUGUGAGAAAACAAGGCCCACUGAAAGAAGGAGUGAAGCCAUGCAAGCAUAAUGGAUACAAGUCCAAAUGGGAAUCUGGGUUCUUGCUUCAGUCUCUCAUUGCCUGGAGCAUAGAAAGAAGAAGAAUAAGAAAGUUGGAGGAGUUGCUUAGACUUAACACUCAGUGAUACCUUCCAUUUUACAAGAGAGAUCUGAAAUUUUAGGAGAGAAAUGGAAAACACUGCAAGCUGUUAAACAGAAGAGAGUCUGUUACAACUUCUCUUGUCUUUGGCUGCUCUGAGAUCUCUCUGAAGACCUGCACUUAACAUAGGCUUGCGACUAAUGUUAACUUACUAGUUAACUACUGCUAACUGUGUUAACAAAACAACUUAUGGAGUGGCUUUGACUACAACAGCUGUGAACCUCCUGCUACUGGCUAGAUGUCUGACUGUGAAAUCAGGAACGCUUCUGAGUCAGUGUGUAGUUUAGAAAAGGUCAUUCCUGAACAAGCAUUUCCUGUAAAGGGAGAUGCAUCACUACAAGAGGAGUAGUCUGUUGAUAAACAUGUUUCUGUAAGCAGUGCUGGUGUUGACUUUCUUUAAAGACAAAGCAUACAUACGGUGAACCAUGCUUGUACAUUAUUGAGUUCUAUUUAGUACCCUCCAGAACUAAUUUUUUUUUAAGAUCUUAGUCUAGCUGAUCUGAUCAAUGGUACAAUAGAAUUAGACAUGUGAUACGGAGAAGAAAGCAUAAGGAGUCACAGCAGUUCCGCUGUAAUGUGACGUGGACUGCCCAAAACUAACAGGGAGGAGGUGAGAAACAAGCACUGGAAGUGAUGUAGCAGCAUUUACUCCUUCUUCUGCUAAGUUAAUUUAGCAGGCAUUUAUAUGAUAAUAAAUACUACCUUCAAAAGCACUAAAAAUGCUGGCUAGGUUUAGUGUGAGCUACUAAAAAAAAUAUUGUUAUAAACUGUAGCAUCAGACAUGAGACAGACAAGAAUUAUUGCCUGGCACAGACUAGAAGAAACAUUUACCUUUCACUUCAGUCUAAAUCACACUAGCCGCAACACCUUCCAUUUCACUCACACAAAUAAUGCCUUAUUCAAAAUAAAAUGGGGCAUUCUUGGGUAAAAAAACUACUUCAUUUUAAAGUGGAAAAAAAUGAACAAUACAAAGAAACAAUGACAGAAACGAAAGUUCAGCAGGAAAGCGAUCUGUUAUUCUGUGUUACUGCACAGUGUUUGCUUAAUUGUGCCCAGUCAGCAGGGUUGGUGCAUACUGCACACAUGGAAGAUGGCAAUAAAGACCUCAGUCAGGUCUGUGAAAUGAAGUAACUAGGUAAC